CUGGUGUCGCAGCUGCUGCGGAGCGAAGAACCAUGGCCACAGCGUCGGUGGAUGAAGUGACCAAGAAAGUGGAGUCGUUGACCACUGAAGCCUCCAAAGGAUGGGAACCGAUGGCCUUUCCGGAAGAUCGCAUCGAGCAUAUUAGGAAGUGCUUUGAUGAGCAUCCGCAAGCCAAAAGCAGCACGGACGGUCCUAAAACCUUGGAACUCAAGCUAUUGCACCAGAUUCUCUUCACCCAGGAAGAACGGAUGGAGUACAGUCUGAAGGAUUUCGAAUCUGAUGCCGCAGCCGUUCUAAAAGACGCCAACGACCUAAGUUGGGCGGAUGUGGAGAAAUUCAUGGCGGAGAAUCUCUAGUGACAAUAGUGACACGGAACGGGGGGAUGAAAGUUGAAUCUCUA